GUCAUUGUUUACGUGACUUUUGAAACUUGCAAUAAACGUUUAAAUACGCCAAAGUAAAUGUAUUAACAGACUUCAUAGUAACAGAGAAGUUCUCAGAAACCAGCUGCUACUAUCAAAGGCCCAAACGUUUGUGGAGAAUGAAGGGAAAAAAUAAAAUGAUUUCCCACGAAAGUCCGGGAAGACGUGGUGCCAUCUAGCGACUGAGGAGUAAACUUGCUAUAUUUACUUGUUCUCUGGUGGGGAAAGGAAGGGUUGUUCGCAGCUCCUAUAACACCAUAUCAUCCCUUCUAACCUCGGUACCAAAGUGAGGGACGCGCCAUGACCUUGCUGAAGUGUGAAGUGUGUCCUUCGGAGUCUGUGUUAUAGUGAAGUGGUUUAUAUUUAGUUUGUUACAAAAGUGCAAAUUGAAAUAGACAGCUGUUUUUUGCUGAAGUGUCGCAAGGAUGUGGUGAGGGAACCCCCUUUUUUUUUCUUUCUUUUUUUUGUUGUUGUGGGAAAUAAACUCUGGAAGAUUUGAAGUGCAGUGUUUUAUUUAUUUUUAAUCUGCGAAGACGCUAUUGGCGGAAAGGAUUAUCAUUUUCGACGCUGUGAGAUUAUUGUAUGGCGAAGAUGGCGGCUACCUUUGACCCUCACGACAGAUCGAGGUACGUCGAUGCAAUCGUUAGUGCUGUUAUUGCGAAGGUUGCGAAUUUUGGUACUUCGGUCAGAUGUCCCGUCAAGAUGCAACAGACCUCUUGAUGGGAGAGAGAGAUGGCGGUGUAUUCCUGGUGCGCGAUUCCUCCACGAUAUUGGGUGAUUACGUUCUCUGUGUUAGAGAAGACAACAAAGUAUCGCAUUAUAUUAUUAAUAAGAUCCAACAAGGUGAUCAAGUGCGAUAUCGAAUAGGAGACCAGAUGUUCCCCGAUUUGCCUUCGCUGUUAAAUUUUUAUAAACUCCAUUACCUCGACAGUACGCCAUUGAUUAGGCCUGCACCCAAACGUUGUGAGAAGGUUGUAGCCAAAUACGACUUUGAAGGAAGUGAUCAAGAUGAUCUUCCAUUUAAGAAAGGUGAAAUUUUGACAAUUGUCAGCAAGGAUGAGGAACAGUGGUGGACGGCAAGAAAUUCCAUAGGUCAGACAGGCUCUAUACCUGUUCCUUAUGUUCAGAAGUAUGAAGAAGGUGAAAGCAUCGUAUUAAAUUCAACCCCAAACAGAAGUAGCAGUCAGUCCCAUGAAAAUACACCACGACCAAAACCCAGUCUACAGAGAAAAUUGCCUGCAUAUGCCAGAGUGAAGCAAGCUAGAGUCCCUAAUGCCUAUGACAAAACUGCUCUUAGAUUGGAAAUUGGAGAUGUCAUCAAAGUCACAAAAAUGAAUAUAAAUGGCCAGUGGGAAGGAGAGCUGAAUGGCAAAGUUGGGCACUUCCCCUUUACACAUGUAGAGUUUAUUGAUAGUGAGAACUCUACAGACGGUGACCUAAAUUAAAGCGCCUGAUCUGUUUGUAUUAGAACUAUGUAACUUGUAGAUUUUUUCUUAAUUUUAGUAGGAAUAACGUGUGUAAGUUAGAAUGUAUGAUGUGUAAAUGUAUGUGAUAUGCUGGGCAUCUUAUUUUGUAUUGGUGUACAGAACGAAAAGGUUGUAGUGGGUGUCCCAGAAGGUGGAUCUUUUUAGCGUAAUGCAGUCUAGAUUGUGGACAUUUUAGUAGUUUUUUCUUUAAGAAAAAUGAGAGGGGGAACAUGAAAAUUUUAAAUGUGGCUAAUAUGAUUAUUCUCAUUUGCUAAGAAAAUUUUGAAAGUAAAUUUGAUCAUCUGAGUUUCAAUUCAUUAUCUAACAAUGGUAAGGUUAGCAUUUGCACUUUUGAAUCUGAUCGUGAAAGGCUUAAAUUUUGUUUUUAGUUUCUGGAUUUAUUAAGCAAAUGAGGUUAAGCAGACUAGUCACCUCCGAGGCUUUACUGGUUAUUUUACAUACUGGAACUCAUAUUGUUUGCAAGUAUCCUGUAGGUAUUUGAAGGUCUUGCGCUUUUAAGAUUACACCUGAACUUGACUCAGCCUGAAUAUAAGAUCGAACAUGCAGCAGUUCGAUAUUGGAUUAUUUUUUAUUUACUUGAAACAAAGUUUCUGACUUUUUCUAGGGCACAAUAUUUUAUUUAAAAUUUGUAUUAUAAUAUAUUCAGUUUUAGUGGGAAAAGAAACUUGAGUAACUUUUUCCACUAGAGGUAAAAUGAGAAUUAUAUGUAGAUAUAAAUAUAUAUCCCAAGAAGAUUUUAGGUGCAUGGCUUCAUGGAGCCAUAAUACAUUUUUUUGCACAAAAUUCAAAUGCAUAAAUCCCCAAAGUGCAGAUUCUGCAUAGCAUACUGUACUUAGAAAUUCACUUCAUUGAAUUUUGAGAUGUUGGAGGUCAGUUGGGCCUUUUCCUGAGAAAUUUUCUCUUGUAGUAUACAUGCAAAAAAUCUUUUAACUAUUUUCAUGUUUUUUACUAAGUAGUGCUGGUAUGCGGGGCCUUCACUCUUGGUUUUGUAUCAUUUUUAUUAUCAGCAUUAUUGAAUAAAGAUCUAAUUUAUUCCAAAUAUGUACAGUAAGAUUGAAGUAAGUUUCAGUACUUUGUAUAUUUUUAAUAAUAUGUUAAAAAUACAGUACUUGGAACUGUUGUCUUUACAUUGAUUGUCAUGCAUUAGUAAUUGAUGAAUACAUCAAAAAGAUUUUAUCUUGCCUCAGUCUUAUUGGAAAUAUGUGCAUUAAUUUUAAUGGAAUUUAUUUAACUAUUAGAUGAGUAAUUGAAUCAAAUAUUCCUGUUUAUGCAUAUUUCAAACCUAAAUUUAAUGUGCACAAAAGUAAUUUAUUUUAUGAAGCAUCCAUGGUCAUUACAUUUAGCGUCAUUUUCCAACAGUUGUAGAAAUUAUUCUUAUCAUAUAACUACUUCGCAGGUGCUUGGUCCACUACACUUCUUCAGUGCUUUUGGAUCAUCACUUUUAAGUUCAGGGUUUUGAUCUGGUAGAUGAUGUUUCACUCGAGGAUAAAAAGGUAUAUUAUUUUUCAUUCCUACAUCGUCUGGUGAUCUCUGUUUGUAUUAUUUUGUACUUGAAAGUUAUUUCUUUUAAGGGCUGAUUACACUUUCAUUGGUUAUUCCGAUAACAAUUAAUCUAUCAUAUUACUUGGGUGUUUACUUUAUGCUUGUUAUUCCAUUUUUUUUUGGUGAAUUGAAUUCCUGAAAUGGCCAUCUGUGGUUCUUGCUAAUAGAUUCUACAUAUCAGGUCGGGUCAUGUAGACUAUAUGUUGAUAAUUGUACAUAUAGCAUCUUUCUUCCUCCCUCAAAAUAGCAUAGCAUAGUAGCCUUCAAAUGGGCUUGUUCCAUUGUAGUCUAGGAACAGCACCUUUUAGCUAUGUAUUCAUAAUGGAUUGCAUUUACUCUUCUAAGCAUAAUUGUCUAGCUCUCUGGUCAUUGGUAGCUGUAGGUAGUAAUAGUUAUUUUAUAUCUUUAGAAAUGAUCAAAAACUGUUUCAUCUAAAAUGUUUAUAAGAGGGGCUUUGGUCAAACUUGCAGGAAUAACUGCAUAGGAAAAUAAUCAAAUGAGAAAGUGUGGAAAUAUUUUGGUGUGGUUUGUAUUACCGGGAGGAACCCUGAAUGUGAUGGUUAAGUGGCUUUUGAAUGAGGUGGCUGUUGCUAUAUGUUGAUGGAUUUUCUUCAGUAGCUACCAACAUCCUCAUCUUUCUUUGAUAAAUAUUUUAAUGGUUGUGAAGAUUAACACAAUUUUACCAAAUUUUCUAAAUCAUAAGGAAAUUCAGCUUGAUUGGUUUUGUUUUCUGAUGAAAAACAAUUAUUUUUUAACUCCUAUUCUUAUGCUUUCAAGUUCCACAAAAAAUGAGCAAUGAUGCAACGAAUCAUUCAAACCUGUUAGGGGAGCGGUAUGGUAGUUUUGAAUGUUAACUGUUAUUAGGUACCAAUAUGCUAUUAUUAAAAUUAGAAAUAAUCAUAAAUAAUAAGGAAAAGAAAAACAUCAUGGUGAGGAGGAUUUACAUAUAUAUUAAAUUAGUAGAAGCAAAAGUUUAUUUCCCUUUGAAAGAUAUGUGGGAUUGCCAGUUAAACAUAUUUCAUAAGAUAGGAGAAAAAUUCUUCAUGUGAUCAUUAGGGAUGAAACAAGUUUUUGCCCUUACAUCCAAACAAUUUUUCUCUAUACAAAAUUAUUUUCUUGGAAAGUAUCAUGUGGUGUAAUAUAUAUCAGUAAAUCCAAAUACAGAGUAAUGAAAAAUAGAAAAGGAAGUAUAGCUUUCCUUGUGUAUUGAAUAGUUACAAGAAAUUAAUUCUUUGUUUUCUUAGUAGUUUGAUACAUUUUGCCACUGAUUAAAAUCCUUGUGAUAUAGAAUGGCUUCAAGUGGUUGUGGUUAUGCUGAAAUCUUACUGUUUUCUGUCUACAGUGAAGACCUUUGUCAUUAAUUCUGUGAUGUAAUCAUGUGCUGAUAAAGUACAUUUUUAAGCUUCAGACUUUUAUGCCUCCAGCUUAUGGCCUACGAUAAUUUUUAUGAGCAAUCAGUGAUCCCAGCCUACUUGUAAAUGCCAUUUUUCAGCCAUAGAUGACCAUCAUAGUGUGUAAUGUGGAGUGCUUGUAUGAUACAUAUAUAUUUUUACCAGUACAGUACGUAUAUAUUUAAGAAUCGUGAAUGUUUGCGUAACUGCCUUAAGGCUUUUAUUAUAAGAGGAGUAAUUUUCAAGGAAUUGUGUGUUUACACAAUAUAUUUUUUGAGGAAUUAAAUGAAAUUUUUUCUAUAAACUUUUAUUUUGAUAUUAGAAUAUUUUAUCAUUAGGACUUACUUCUUUUUAAUUUUAAAAUUUGCAUAUGCACUCAAACUGAGAAGGGUUAGUUAGAAAAAGUUUUGUAAGAUAUUGAUGAAAUGUACACAAAUCACAUUUCACACAUUGUUGAAAUAUGAAAUUUAUGGUAUUGGCAUGAUAUGCAUAAUUAAACCACUCUUUCAUAUCUGGAUUAUUUUUAUUGUAAGGGCACAUUUAAAUUUUAUUGAUAUAAAAACUCAUGAACAACGCAUUGUUUUUGGUUUUAUUAUGUGAUUUACACUAAAUUCGUUAGACCAUGUAGUGUUUAAACAAUAGUAUGAUAGUGUCAAAUCACUAAGCAGUACAGUAUUAACUUCAUAUACCUGCAUGUUUUGUUUGCAUGUACAGUUUUCUAGUACUUGACCAAGUUACAUCUGUCUAGAAAUAUUUCUUAGGUGCAAAGAUUGUACAAUACAUAGGGAUCUUUAAUAGUUAUUUUACUUUACCACUAAGUAGCUUAUCAUCUCCAUUUCUUUAUUUAAUUUCUACAUGAAUUUUUACCUAGCACAAUAAAAAAUAUUGGUGCCAUUGUCAUAUAAAAUAUGGUUACUAUUUUAUUUGAGCUUUAUAAUAUUUAUCUUUUAAAUCUAGGCAGAUUCUUAAAAAUAGUGUAAAUUAUUUGAUCAUUCUGCACGUCGAGGCUCAUAGAACCAUAGAUGAUUGCUGACUGAGUGAAGGACUGGUGGCUUUUGCAUCCAGCAUCCAAAUUUUAUUUAGAAAAUUAUGGUGACAAUUGGUGAAAUCUUGAUUGCUAUAGCUUCAAUUACAGUAUUAAAAUUUGAUAAGAAAUCUAUAUUUUUGGAGCUUUUUGUAAGAGAAUAAUUCACUUAAUUGAUCAGCCUAUUUUUCCCCCUAAAUGAGUUUCAGUCAUGGAGAAAAUUGAGAAAUUUUUGUAUGUUAAUUUUGCACCAGAGGGAAUUUAAUUACUGUAUAUUUUCUUCAAGGUUUAAUGAACUUCCUUUUUAUAGUCUGCUACAGGCAACAUUUCACUAGAUGAAGAUGUGAUCCUUAAGGUUAAAGAUUUCAGAAACAGCAGUUUUGAUUAGCAUCAUCAAUAUACACUUACUUUUGGGCGUUUUAGGAGCAAUUAAGUUUUUGUAAUAAACUUGUUGAGCCAUUUACCUUUAUGAAGUACUAGAACAUAAAGCUCAAUUGCCCUUUUUUUUCUUAUGUAAAUUAGGAACUGGGAGUUAAAGAAUAUAAAUUGGCUGUUUACCUAGUCAUCAAAACAGUUCACUGUAAGUUUCAACAUUUAAUAUGUAUACUUAGAGGUGUUGCUCUCAAAGAUCAUGUAAUGUAUGAUGGGGUGUCAUCAAGUAGAUGUAUUGCUGGCAAGAGUGGCUUGUUCAGAGUCUUUUCACUAUAAUGAUAAUGGGCUUGUCACUGUAGUGUGUCACGACAUUACUUACAACAGAUAUGUUUUAUCUCCUCCUCUGUUCCUGCCAUGUAAUUUGUUCAUAUCACAGAUAAAAACAGGUUUUGAAACCUUUUACAUUUUAGUGCCUAUUGAUUGUAAUAAUGUUUGGGUUCAGUACAUUACACAGUUAGGGUGAUGUAAUUUCAAACAAUUUAGUAAAUGUCUCCAGGUAUGAUUGACCAGUUGGGUAUUCAUGAUGAUGAUGUAAAAGUUGAGUCAUUUGGUUAAGUGGCUUGGAGUAUUGUUGUUCCUUACAGGAGUAUCGGGUAAAUGUAAACAGAUUUGCUUACUAUUCAAAUGAUCAAACAGGGCUUUCAGAAAGUAUGUAAAUUAUUGCCUUUUUACCCAAAAAUUUUGCAUAUAUUUAUGUAUAUGUGGGAUUGUCUGUGUUAUAGUAUCUGGGAACCAGACCUGUCAAUGAGAGCAUAAUAGUGUAACCAUUUGCAACAGACUAUGAAGUUGAAUUUCAGGUCUUUGCUGCCAUUGAGGAAUACAACUUCAGUUGGUAAAUGAACUGCAAAUUCAAGUGUAAUGACUUUGCACAAUUAGCUUCAGCAGAUGCUGUAAUGCUCAAAUGUAUUUACUGUGAUUAAAAAGUUUUCUCUUGUGUAUGCACAAGUUUCUAGGAUCCUCCAUUGCUAAGUUGCAAGUUUUAACAGAAAUUCCACUUGCAUCAUCUUCAUCAUGUCCUAUGGAUAAUAGUAAUACAAGUUAGUAUGCAGAUGUAUUAUAUGCAAUUAAAUCCGCUAGAAUACA